AACACUAUAUUGAAAUAUACUCCGACAGAAAACUGGUCCGGACAAGAAUCAGCAGAAGAAGAAGAAUAGCAAUGGCGAGUAGCCAAUCAACUGUAGCAAGGGCCACGUUCCAUCUGCCGUUAGAGAUGACGAUUGAAAUCCUAUCGAGGUUGCCAGUGAAAUCCCUCGUGCGAUUCAAGUCCGUAUGCAAGACCUGGUAUGAUCUGAUCAAAACCCAUGAUUUCAUAUCCAAACAUCUUCAAACCCAAUCCACUCUCAACUCCACCUCUCUCCUAGUAACCAGUUACAAUUGUGAAACGGAAACCCAUCAAAUAUCUUUACUUUCCAAUGACGGGCUUAGUGACGGCUCUAUCAAUCUCGAUUUCCCUUUUUUGAAUGGGAGGAUUUACGAUUGUACUGGGGUAAAUGAUUUCUCAAUCGUGGGUAUCUGUAAUGGUUUGGUUUGCAUAAGUCUAUCUCCCUUGGGAUAUCCCUUGAUCCUGUGCAAUCCCUCCACCACCAGACAGUUUCGGGAAAUUCCGGGUGCCAAAUGGGAUUGUGAUUGGGAUGAUGAGAAUAUGCUAUAUGUUAGGCAGGUUAGUUUUGGAUUUGGCUUCCAUUACAGUGCCAAUGAUUACAAGUUGAUUAGGAUUGUGUCUUAUACUAGUUCUACCAGGAGAAACGAUAUCCAAGCCGAUCUUUAUGUGAUGAGCACCGAUACUUGGACGGAAAUUGAUGUUACCAAGUUUUCUUUGUUCUUUGGGGAGAUGAAUGAAUACGGGGGGUAUGAUACCAUCGUGCGAUUUACAAGUUCUUCUACUUCAGCACUCUUGAAUGGAGUUUUCUAUUGGCCAGCAACUGCAGUACAGAAUGAUCAAGUUGUUGUUGUCGUUAUGUCCUUUGACAUGGGUAAUGAGGUGUUCGGAAGAAUAAGAACGCCGGUGUGUUUGGAUAGGACUUGGUGUGGAGCUUACUUGCAAUGUAUAGAGUUAAAUGAUAAGCUUGCUUUGGUUGUUUCUCCUGAUGAAAGGGGCUUUGAUGUGUGGGUGUUGAAUGAAGUCGAGAGUUCUUGGACUCACCAAGUUAAAGUCGAGUCUUUUCCGAGGAUUGCAAGUGAUAUGGGAAAUGGGGAAUAUAGUAAAAUUACAGUUGUGGGAGGUUUAAAAAAUGGUGAAUUGCUAGUGACUGGGCAUAAUCUUCCUGGAGAGAUAAAGCUCUUUUCAUCUGAUACAAAGACCCGGGAAACUAUGGAUCUUUAUUUUGGUCAGGUUUCACAUGGAUCUUGUGUUUAUUUGUAUUCGGGGACCCUACUUCCAGUCAUGAAAGCCAAUGAAAUCGUGCUCAACAAGUGGAACGAGAAAAGGAAAGCGUAUAAUUUUGCGGAAUCAACUAGUGUGACUUGGAUAAAAAAAAAAAAACUGGUGUGACUUGUGAGUUGCUGUUUUGAAAGCUUUAUUUUGGUUUCGGUUGCCUAAUUAUGCUUAAAAUAGUCUCUUUUGGAGUCUGGAUUUAAGAACCCUUUUGUUACUACGUUGCAGUGUUCCAUGUUUGAGGCUUAAAGUACUUUCUUUCGAAUAUGCAAUAUAUGUUGACGCUUGAUGUAGAUAACAUCGACUAUUAUAUUUUCGAGCCUGUGUUUUAAUUGGGGUUUGACU